AUGUGGCGGCCGCGCGGGGCGCUCCGGGCCUGGGCCUCGGCGGGGGCCCCGGGGGCGCGGGCCCGCAGCGCGGGCGCGGGCGCCGCCUACACGCAGGGCCAGCGCCCCUCGCCGCGCACGCGCGAGUACUUCUACUACGUGGACCACCAGGGCCAGCUUUUCCUGGAUGACGCCAAAAUGAAGAACUUCGUCACCUGCUUCAAAGACCCGCAGUUCCUGGUCGCCUUCUUCUCCCGCCUGAGGCCCAACCGCAGCGGGCGCUACGAGGCCGCCUUCCCCUUCCUCUCGCCCUGCGGCGCGGAGCGCAACUUCCUGCGCUGCGAGGACCGGCCCGUGGUCUUCACGCACCUGCUGCCCGCGGGCCCCGGGGCCCCGCGCCUCUCCUACUGCGGCGGCGGCGCGGCCCUGGCCGUGCCCUUCGAGCCCGCGCGCCUGCUGCCCCUGGCGGCCAGCGGGCGCCUGUACCACCCGGCGCCGGGGCGCGCGGGCGGCGUGGGCCUGGUGCGCUCCGCCCUGGCCCUCGAGCUCAGCGCCUGCUUCGAGUUCGCCCCCGGCGCGCCCGCGCUGCCCUCGCACGUGCGCUGGCGCGGCCGCCGCCUCGCGCUCACCAUGGACCUGGCCCCGCUGCUGCGCGCGGCCCCGCCGCCCUGA